GUGACAACCCACACCAAUAGCCGAUCUUUCUCUACUGCAGAACUUCAAGCAAGUUUUGGCAACAACUUAGAUGCGAGAUGAACCCGGAAACGAAAACAUUCGUUCUUCUACCUCUCUUCCCAUGAUGACGGUUACAGGCAAGCUAAUUUUAUUCCUUUUCCGAUAAUUCUACACCGGUUUUGACAUUUGGGUGUCGAAUUCUUGUCGAACUUGUUCGAAUUGGGAGCACCAGUAGCAAACGAUAAAAAAGAAGCAUAUUUUGCCCAAAACUUUCUCUGGUUUUCAAAUAUAAACAAACCACUGAAUGAAAAAAAAACAUUUUUGAAUUUUACCAUUUGUUUCUGUUUGAUUGUUGUUAAUCCCUUUUCGAGAAAUUGCUGAUGCGAAACUAAGCAUCAAGGUCAUUAUGCAAGUUUUCUAUUGAAAUUAGAUCAAAUCUGACUUUGGAGGCUGCUCCUACGAGAAUCGAAUUUGGUCAGUAGUUCGAGAGCAAAAGAGGUAGUCAAAGUUAAAAAGAAGAAGAAAACUGUUUUUAGUCAAAGGCAUGUUUUUGAUUCAAAGUUGUGCAUAUUGCUGAGAAUGGCUUCAUCAAAAAUCACCAGAGAAAAAUUGAAGAGAAGCGGCUCCUUUCAAAACAAAGAACCACCCCCACCCCCUACAGGAGACGAAAAUCAAAUGCCUGAUUUAAAACUGGAAGAUUUCGAACUGCUCAAAACUAUUGGCACGGGAUCGUUUGGACGAGUCGUCUUGUGUCGACGUAAAAAGAACAAUAAAUAUUUUGCCAUGAAGAUAUUAGAAAUAGCUGAUGUCAUCCAAUUAAAGCAGUCAGAACACGUCAAAAAUGAAAAAUCCCUUCUAGUCCAAGUACAGCAUCCUUUUAUCAUAGAACUUUUAUGGACGCACCAUGAUGAAACGUGCCUCUACAUGCUGUUCGAAUACGCUUGCGGUGGUGAACUUUUCACUUACCUGAGAAAUGCUGGUCGUUUCUCUUGCACAACCUCAAUGUUCUACGCAGCAGAAAUAGUUCUCGCUCUAGACUAUCUGCACAAGCUCUGCAUCGCAUACAGGGAUCUCAAACCUGAAAACUUACUCCUGGAUCGUGACGGACAUUUAAAAAUAACGGAUUUCGGGUUUGCCAAGCGGCUCACCGAUAAGACGUGGACCCUGUGCGGCACUCCUGAGUACUUGGCUCCAGAAAUUAUUCAGAGCAAAGGGCAUAACAAAGCAGUGGAUUGGUGGGCUCUGGGUAUUCUUAUUUACGAAAUGCUCUCCGGGUUCCCUCCAUUUUUCGAUACCAAUCCAUUUGCAAUUUAUGAGAAGAUAUUGGCUGGGAAAAUAGAUUGGCCCAAACAUAUUGAUCCUAUUGCCAAAGAUUUAAUAAAGAAACUGCUCGUUCCUGAUAGAGCGAAGAGGUUAGGAAACAUGAAACAUGGAUCGGAAGACGUGAAGAGGCAUCGAUGGUUUAAAAAUAUUUCCUGGGAAGAUGUCUAUUACAAGAAAGUACAAACACCACUCAUUCCCAAAGUGAGCCACCCAGGUGAUACUCGUUAUUUCGAUACUUACCAGGAAAAGAAAACUAUAACAUCUUCUCCAAUUAAAGACAGAGAUUUAAAUCUCUUCAAAGAUUUCUGAUCCAUAACUGAGUAAAGGAGAGAUGGAAACUUGUAUACUAAUAGCAACCAGCUAAAUGUGCAAUAAAAUAUAGAUUAUUUAUGUGAUGUACAGAUCAGAUCAAAAAUUAUUCUGAACAAAUAUAAAUCUUAUUGUGAAAUAUUUUAAGAU